GCGAGUGCAACCAAACAUGCUAGUGUUGUUGCUCCCGAGUGCGGAGGUAACGUUAAACCUCAACUGUCAACCGUCAAGAACAUCUAUUCGGGUGCUAAGAUGGUAAAAAAUCAAUAUUUCAUCCUCCUCAAAAUGUGAAUGAUCACCCCGAAGGGCACCAAACAUUCAGACGGAGACCCCCCCCCCCCCCCCCUAUUGAAAGGCCAAGUUAUCAAACAUGUCAGGUGGGAACCUCUUCAGCAAGGUGCGGUCCACCUUCCGGAGGGAUCGGAACGACUGGCACCUGAGCGACACGGCGCCCUUCGACUUCUCCGACGAGCUGGCGGAGGACGAGGCGCCCAAAUUCAACAAGCUGAGGGUCGUGGUCUCCGGGGAGAUGUCGGACUACUCUGCCGGGGCUUCGUCCAACGGGGUGGCGGUGAGCACGCUGGCGGUGGCCGCCGACGACGACGACGACGACUGCCUGCUGGACUCCUCCACCAGCCCGGGCAGCCCGGGGUUAAACAUGGACCCCUGUGACAACUGCACCAAGAAGAGGGACAGGAUCAAGCACAAGAGGGUGAUGAGGAGGCUUGUCUUUGCAGCUUUGCUGUAUUUCCUUUUCAUGACAGCCGAAAUUGUUGGUGGCUACUUGUCGAACAGCUUGGCCAUUAUGACGGACGCCGUGCACAUGCUGACGGACGUGGUGGGAAUUUUGUUUUCUCUGCUGGCCCUCUGGCUCUCUACCAAGCCCCCCACGAGCCGAUUCACCUUCGGCCUGCAUCGCCUCGAGGUGGUGUCGGCGGUCCUCAGUGUGGUGCUCAUCUACAUCCUGACGGCUGUGCUGCUCUACGAGGCGAUUCAGAGGACGGUGCACCAGGAGUUUGACAUAGAUGGGGACAUCAUGCUCAUCACCGCAGCUGUCGGGGUGGCAGUCAACCUUGUAAUGGGUUUCUUGUUGAACCAGAACGGUCACCUCCACUCACACGGCCACUCACAGGGCCACUCUCACGGCUCUGCAGCCGCCUCCAGUUCACAGUCAGCCGGGUCCGGCCAGCAGCACGGUAGCCUGGCUGUGAGAGCUGCCUUCAUCCACGCUUUGGGGGACCUCGUCCAGAGUGUCGGGGUGCUCAUAGCCGCCUACAUUGUCCGAUUCAAGCCCGAGUUCAAGUUGGCGGACCCCAUCUGUACCUACAUCUUCUCCAUUCUGGUUCUCGUCACCACAUUCCGCAUCAUACGAGACACCGCAGUCAUCGUGCUGGAGGGUGUCCCCAGACAUCUGGACACUCUGAGAAUCAGAGAAGACCUCCUGAAGCUGGAGGACGUGCAAUCAGUCGAUGAGCUGAACAUCUGGGCGCUGACAGCGGACAAGACGGCUGCAAUAGUGCACCUGCAGCUCACUCCCUCUAGCAGCAGCAGCUGGGAGGACGUCCAGGCAAAGGCCCGCCACCUGCUGCUGCACACGCACGGCCUCAGCCGCUGCACGGUGCAGGUGCAGACGCACAGGCUGAGGCUGGCGCACAGCUGCGCGCACUGCCAGCUGUCCAGCGCGUGACCCGGACGGACUCCCGCCGGCGUUCCACCGGUCGGUCGGUUGGCGGCGCCCGGGGGGGCGGCCCCGGAGGAGAGCUUUCCGAGGCCUCGGAUGACGCAACGCCGUUGAAGGUGUACGGUAUUUAAAUGCAAAAAAGGAUUUUAAAAAAAAUAAAGAAAAAGACUUGUGCCAAAAGGAGAGUCGGGUGGAACAACCUGUGAUGCACAUUUGAAAUUAAAGGAUCGCCGCGAAACCUCCAGAGACGUUAUGCCCUCGCGCUCGCCAAAAGCUUUCCCAGUGGAGAUCGAAUGCUUGAACCUCAGCCGAGAAGAAAAAGAAACCUGCUGUUUAAUUCACCAUCAAAGCCUAUUCCAACCGUUACCUUUUGUUUUUGUAUUUUUACCGUUUUAUUUGCUACAACUGACGUUUUGGCGUCGGGUGUACAUUUUAGGUCGUGAGGACCGUGUGCUAGGAUUUUAUUAUUUAACUUUUUUCAUUUGAUAUUAACUGUGGUCACAAUGCAUUGAGGUUGUCCUCACCACCGGCACAGAUCAUGACCCUUUAGUCAGCGUCUCAUCAAAUGCACAUCAUCAUUAAUACUCUUCAGCCAAGUAGACCUUGGCGGAGUAUUAUCGAUAAGACAGAUUUGUCUUGAAUAGAAAACUGUGGGUACUCUUGUAUCCAUUUGCAUUGAACGAUAGUUAUACCACACGUUUUAAAUGUUUUACUCUUAGCGUGACUCUUGAUUCAGUGCGGCGGAGCACGCAACUGACAAUCAAAGUGUGACUGACUUUGAAAAAGGUGUAAAAAUGCUGCAGUGUUUGAACCGGCGUCCGUAUGGUUUCAGUCUCUCAUUAAUGCUCUGCCUCUUUUCAUGUAUUUAACUGACAGUAUGAUGAUGCAGACAGCUUGGGGAAAUGUUCGGGAGUUUCAGAGUUACUGUGUUUUCCGGGAGGGAGAUGUGAGUUGAAAUCUGCCAAUAAAGGUGUUAAUUUUGUUGUGAUUAUCAGAAAAGGGGGGGGGGGGGUUAUGGUGGACCUCUCCAUAUUGGAUAUUAAUCAUCAAAGGAGUUCCAAAACUGGAUCCCUGUUUUUGUUUAUAAUAAAGUAUUUAAUCCUCUGACCAUCCCUUUGUUUUCUUGUUAAACGAACGGCUCCAUGUUAAGAAAUGCAUUCUGCACAGUUUAAUCCCCUGGUGAGUGAAAGCCUCCGCUCCCUCAUUUAUUGUUGCCGUUGACGACACGCGUUGACAGGGAGUGUCUCCGUUUCCAGGCAACCGGUGUUUGCAGCGCAAGCUAAUGGUUAACGGCACCACGCACCUGACCGCCCCGCCUUACCUCGGCGAGGAGGCCUCUUCGCCCCGCAAAAAAACCCACGAGAGCUCGUGUUUCACAAAGGGGAGUUAACCGCCUCUGUAUCUCAACGUUCAUAUUCCAUGCGUCCACCAUCCAAGAGUCUGGUGAAUGAUUACACCGAAUAGCUCACGUGGCUUGUGGUGUCACGAGCACCAAUCCCAGCCACGGCUCGCUACAUCCUUCCUCCCCUCUCAUUGUUUCCCCGUAUCUCUUAAAAGCAUGAAGCUUGACAGACAGGUUCUUCCUUCCUUCUCUCUCUCGUUCACUCUUUUGACUGCUACACUGAACGCGCCAUCUAAACGAGACCUUAUUCCAUCCUGUGAAGGUAUGAAAUUCUGCGUGAAGGAGGAAGGAGAGUCGAGUGUGGCCCUCGACGAACACGAAAGUGAAAGGAAAAAUAGACGAGGAAACGACACCGCUGCUUUUCGCUCGCUCUGUUCACGCCCUUUUUUGUUUUAGGGUUUAAUCAUUCAUGAGAAUCCUUCGAGAUUCAACAGUCCGGUCGGCGGUCCACGUUGAUUUCCUCUGAGGUGGAUGUGUCGAGACUUGUGUCGUAUCAUAAAAUGCAAGCAGCCAUAUGGCUGUAAUUUAAGGCCGUUGGCUGGAAACUGUUCGCGGGUUUGCUCGUCUGCAAACAACUUUCGAAGAAAUACUGUCAAUAAAACUUCAAAUUGAAUGUGCAGCUUGUAGAAUGAAAAAGCUAAGUUUUACUUGAUGGAUUAUUUACCUUGUUGUUGAAUAAACAAACGGCUGUUUGGGGAAAUAAGGUUUUAAUU